AUGAAAAACUCUACAGGAUCAAAAAGAGAGGAAAGCGAAUACGAACCCGACUGGGCUGACCAAAAAGACGGGGAAAAGUUAGUUAAAGUUUUUUUUUUUAAUAAUCUUCGAAAAAUGAUGAUACUCUUGCAAGAUCUGUAAAUGAAUUUUUAAAAAAAUCUUCUUAAAGAGAACUAUUUUUUUAAAUAAACCCCGUAAUUUCAAAAAAAAACGAAAUAAUUUUUUUGUUUAAUUUUUGUUGUUUUGUCAAUUUAAUUAUUUUUGAUUUUUGGUAUUCUCUUUUCAAGUUAUCCUCAUAUAAAUACCCCACCAUUAUUUUUAACUCAGGCAUGAGAAAAAUUUAGUGAUAGGAAGUAACCGAUUUGGUGCGAAAUUCAGAAGAAAUUGAGACAUUUUUUUUGCAAAAAAUUCCAAUUUCUGCGCAAAGAUGUCUGCAUCGCUUACUUCUACCUAUAAUUUUGCUUUUUUUCGUGGUCAAAUUAAAAAAGGUUUUUUUUCGACUAACUAGAUCUAUGCUCUGUUUCACAAAAUUUUAAUUUUCGUCAUUUUAUGAAACUUUCCUUUUUAGUAUAAUAUUGGAUGGAAGAAUAACAAUUAAUCGAGACUUACGUUAUUCUUACAUACCGCUCUAAAAUGUAUUUCUGCAUUUCACUUUCUCGGAACGAACUAAGGAAAACAAGAUGAAUUUAGAGCCGAAAGAAAAGCCACUGCAUCGACUUUCGGGUCUCGAAAAGAUCCUCAUUGGUGGGACAUUUCUACGUUUAAUAAAGUCAGCCUUUUUUCUCUUCAUUCUGCAGAAAAAUUUCCCGGUUCAGGAAGACAAUCCACAUGGCCUCGUUGCUGAAUCAUCAUUCUCCUGCCUCUUUCCAAAGUACAGAGAAAAGUACAUUCGCGAGAGUUGGCCGCUAAUCGAAAAAGCCAUGCAGGAACAUUUUCUCAGAGCCGAUCUCGACGUCCUUGAAGGUGGAAAGUAGUUCAAAACGUCAAAAAUUCAUUCUUUUCCAGGUACUAUGCGAGUUAAAACAACCAGAAAAACAUGGGAUCCUUACGUUUUGAUAAAAGCCCGUGACGUCAUCAAGCUUCUGAGCCGGAGUGUUCCAUACGAACAGGCAAUCCGCGUUCUUGAAGACGAGAUUUUCUGCGAAAUCAUCAAAAUUUCGUCUAUGGUUGAUAACUUUUUGUUUUUCACGCAGUAGUUCCGAUAAACACCCUCAGGCAUUGGUAACGCGAAUCGGGCGUGUUGGGAAAUUUUUAGUGGCCACUUUUAAGUAGCGUCAGCAGUUUCGAGUAAUCCCUAGAAUUGGUCAGAAACGUCUGGUUUUUGUUACCGAGGUCCGAUCUUUUCUAACAUAAAUUCGAUAGUUUUAGGUUCAUAACAAAGAACGUUUCGUGAAAAGAAGAGCCCGUUUGAUUGGAAACAACGGGGCAACUCUCAAAGCUCUCGAACUUCUCACCCAAUGUUUCGUGUGUGUACAGGUUGUUUUUGGGGAUGUUUAUCAAUGUUUCGGCGAAAUUACAGGGCGGAACUGUCUGCGCGGUUGGCCCAUUGAGCGGUUUGAAGCAAGUGAAGUGAGUUUCUUCGUUCGUAGUAACUAAGUCGGCAUUCCGAAUCUCAGUCAAAUCGUGACGGACUGUAUGAACAAUAUCCAUCCAAUCUACAACAUCAAAUCGCUGAUGAUCAAGCGAGAGCUUUCAAAAGACGAAAAGCUCAGAGAUGAAAACUGGGAUCGGUUUCUUCCUAAAUUCAAGAAGAAGGUGAGAUUUCGCAAGUUCUUCUCAAUGCUUAGACGAUUGCCAACGUUGAAACGUUGCAGAUGCAGUCUUCAACUUCUACGAAAGAAGCGAAGAAAAAGAAGGCGAAGAGUUUCAAGAAGAAGAGCGAGUACACGCCGUUCCCUCCGGCGCCUCAACUAAGCAAGGUUUCCCAGACAGUAGAAAGUUACUGCAUAUCCGAAUUCAGAUCGACAAGCAACUGGAGAGCGGCGAGUAUUUCUUGAACGAACGUCAACGGGAAACCAACAACAAAAGGUGAAUUUAGAAUAGCUUAUGAGGAGUUUCUUCAAAUAGUUUUUUUUAAAUUAUAAUGCACCAUGGACUCGAAGGUAAUUUUUUUUUGGAAAUUUUAGCUUCAAUCAGAAGAAAAACUGUUGGGAUAAUAAUCAACUUUUUUCUGUACCUUUUAGAGCUAAGAUGGAAGCGGGAGCAGCAAAAAGCGUUGAAAGGCAACAGCAGAAGCUCAAAGUCUUCCAGCAAAAAGAAGAAAAGGUUUUUUUUUCCGCGAAAUAGAACAGAGUUUACAUAGUAGAACUUUCAAAGUAAAGCUGUGCUCGCAAAUUCAAUAGAUUCAGUUUUUCUUUAGUAAAUUCGAAUUUCAUCGAAAAAAAAAGUGAAAAGGGAGCAUUUUGAGAAUACAUGUGCGAAUAAAUGGUCUAAAAUUGUGUGACUUUUGAUUGAGAAUAGGCGAACGUAUUUCUGCUACUGUUUUCAAAGAACAACCAUGACAGAGACCAGUUGAAUGAAUAUUUCAGCCUCGAUCGAAGGAAACAAAGAAAAGAGAGGCUGCGCCGCUAGAUCUUGAAAAACUGAAGAAAAAAGUCAAAAAAGCCAAAAUCGCUUGA